UUGUGAAUCACAUGACUAUUGAUUGUUUUGUUUGUUUGCUUGGCCUGCUGAUAAGUAUAGAUUAAAGAGAGGCAACAACAAAGAAGUCUUUGUUGUUUGUUGAGCUGAAUAGUUGGUUUUUAUCUUUUGGUUGGGGAUUAUAAAUCAGUAGUCAGGGUCAAGAGUGGGUCGCUGGUCAUAGUGAGCUUUAGAACACUUUUAGAACUUCUAGAAGAAACAUCAUAGAGAAAACAGAAAAUAGUAAAUUUGUUCAAAAUGAAGCUGUUGCUAAUUUUAGCCACGAUUGUCUUGACUUGCAAUGCAGUUUCAUUGUUGGAGCUGGUACAAGAGGAAUGGAGAGCAUUUAAGGCUCAACACGGCAAAAACUACGAAUCAGAAACCGAAGAACGUUUCAGAAUGAAAAUUUACAUGGACAACUCGCACAAAGUAGCCAAACAUAAUCAACUCUAUGAACAAGGUCUAGUUUCAUACAAGUUGGGCCUGAACAAGUACGCCGACUUGUUGCAUCACGAAUUCGUUUCCACCCUCAAUGGGUACAACAAGACCAAAAACAGCAUUUUAAGAGGCAGCGAUUUGGACGAUUCCAUCACCUUUAUACAACCAGCUAAUGUUAAAUUGCCUGAUAAUGUUGAUUGGAGAGAGCAAGGAGCUGUUACGCCUGUCAAGGAUCAAGGACAAUGUGGAUCUUGCUGGAGUUUCAGUGCUACUGGAGCAUUAGAAGGCCAAACUUUCCGUAAAACCAACAAACUAGUAUCGCUGAGUGAACAAAAUCUUGUCGAUUGCUCAACUAAAUACGGCAACAACGGCUGCAAUGGUGGUUUAAUGGACAACGCUUUCCGUUACGUCAAAGCAAACAACGGUAUUGACACUGAAAAAUCCUACCCCUACAGAGCUGAAGACGAAAAAUGCCAUUACAACCCUAAAAAUAAGGGAGCAACUGACAAAGGCUUUGUCGAUAUUGAAACAGGCAAUGAAGACCAAUUGAAAGCAGCUGUUGCCACUGUUGGACCAAUUUCCAUUGCCAUUGACGCCAGUCACGAAACUUUCCAGCUUUACGCCGGCGGAGUUUACUACGAUCCCCAGUGCAGCUCGGAACAAUUGGAUCAUGGUGUUUUGAUUGUUGGUUAUGGUACUGAUGAAAAAACCGGUCACGAUUAUUGGCUAGUGAAGAACUCUUGGGGUCCCAGCUGGGGUUUGGAGGGUUACAUUAAAAUGGCCAGGAAUAAGGAUAAUAAUUGCGGUGUUGCCACCCAGGCUAGUUAUCCUUUGGUUUAAAUAUUGAAGCUCUCUUUAUUUUAGGUUUAGGUGCAUGUUUUUGUGAUUUAUUAUAAGUAGAAUAGGCAUCUAAACUCGAAUUUAUACGCUCUCUUUGUAGUACGCUUUUUUUUGUAUUUUUUUGUUUGUUUUGUAGAUAUCUCUAACAAUAAAUUUUUUCUUAAUUUUGAA